UGGCUGAUUGCAGUUUUAGCCCCUUCCAGAAAACUGACUGAAACAGGACUAGAAGGAGCUGUCUGAGAGCAGAAGAUUGCACUUUGAGAAGCAGAUGGCCUCGAGCGUGGCUGACAGAGCCAUUGGGGCCAUUAUUGGGGCAGCGGUGGCAGAUGCAGCAGCCCAGCCGAUGCACUGGAUCUACAACCCGGACCGGCUGAAUGAAGUUCUCUCCGACCUGGAGCCCCAUCCCGAGUUUCGGCCUCUGUCAGCAAAUCCUUUUUAUCGCAGGACAACGGGCGAGCAGACCUGCUACGGAGACCAGGCGUACGUCCUGCUGGAGUCGCUGAGUCAGUGCGGAGAUGUCGACGUGAAAGACCUGACUAAGCGCUUCUACAAGUUCUUCGGGCCGGGAACGGUGUACGAUCUGCCCAUCAACGAUCCUUACAGGAAAAAAGGAGGUCCCAAAGCCAUCCUUCCCAUUGACGGUCCGUGGAGGAACGCGAGUUUCUUAAGAAAUGUUGAUGCAGGAAAAGAAGAACCUGGCUGCGACGUGGACUGUCAGAUUGACGGCGUCACCAAGCUCGCUCCGGUCGUCGCUAUGUUCGCCGGGCGACCCGAGAUGCUGGAGAAAGUGGAGAGCGCCAUACGAGUCACCCAAAACAACGACAUGUGCGUGGCAGUGACUCUGGCUGCUGCGAGGUUUCUGGAAGGUUUCAUUCUGAAAGGCCCGGAUCCGGACGCUUUGGAUGCAGUUGUGGCUCAGCUGAGCGACCCCAACAGGAAGAACCCUCAGGAUCUGGACAGGGCAGUCAUUGCGCAUAUCAGCCAGGUGAAGGAGAACUUGGCCAAAGCGUCCCAUCAGCUCAUACCCGCUGUGUUCACUAACACAUGAGCUUUGCCCGGUGCGUUCCAGGCGGCGCUGCACGGGGUCCUGACUAUGAAACAGCUGGAGGAGGCUGUGAGGGACACCAUGCGCCGAGGGGGAUGCACCGCCAGCCGGGCCUCCUUCAUCGGAGCCUGCUUCGGGGCGCAGACCGGUCUCCGCGGAAUCCCGGAGUCAUGGAGGAAGAGGACGCUCAGAUACCCUCUGCUGUUGGAGCUGGCUGAAAAUGUGGUCAGCAAACGGCAGCAGUCGUAGCUUUAGCAUAACAUCUAUUAUUGACCGAUUGAGUCUUGGCCUCCCCAUGAUACAGAUGCACUUUGACAUGGCAGUUCAUGAUGGCUGCAUUCUAAAGUCUUGAGUGUAGCUUGAAAAUAUUUGCUCUGUCAAAGUUUAUGUAGUUGGGGGAAAGAAAAGGAGGAGGAAGAGAAGAGAACGUGUGUGUAAAUUGUGUGUGCUCAAAAUAAAACAUUUUUUCCCCCUUAA